AUGGACACAAGCACCUCAUCCCGCUCGACUAAUCGCUAUGUGUACAGCAACGCAACACAAAGUGUUCGUAUGACGAUGAGCAAGAGCAAACAGACAUUCGCGACAAUCAACACCCGUACAACUGGUGUCAGUCGUCGUUCAAAACUUUCUUCAGGGCGGAUCGACCCCAUUCAAACAGACGAGGACUUCGAAGACAUCAACGAGUUCCCCAAAAAUAGAAUCAUAUUUUUGGUCUCCGUCAUUUUCCCUUUUGUCGGUUAUUAUGGACUUUUUGCACUAACAACAAACAACAGAAGGGAGAGAUUGUGGGCAAUUGCUAUGGUCGCCUAUGCUAUAUUGAUGACCCUUAUCUUCGCUGCGUUCAUCGCCAUUUUUGUCAGUCUUUAUUAA